AACUCAUCUAUCAUUACUACUCUUUUAGAAUCUACCAAAAUGAAGUCUUCUUGCGAUGCAAGGUUCCCAUUCUUGACUCUCUUUCUCUUUGCAGUACAUUCUGUGGGCGUCUAUGCGGGUAGCUUCCACAAAGACGUUCAGAUACAUUGGGGUGAUGGCCGCGGAAAGAUUCACGACAACCUUGGGAAUCUUCUUUCUCUCUCGCUCGACAAAUUCUCUGGUUCGGGUUUUCAGUCCAAUCAAGAGUUUUUAUAUGGCAAAGCCGAGGUUCAAAUGAAACUUGUCCCUGGUAACUCUGCUGGAACAGUCACAACAUUCUAUCUUAAAUCACCAGGACUUACGUGGGAUGAGAUAGAUUUUGAGUUCUUGGGAAACAUAAGCGGCCAUCCAUAUACUCUCCACACUAAUGUUUACACAAAAGGCACAGGAGAUAAAGAACAACAAUUUCAUCUAUGGUUCGACCCAACCAUUGACUUUCACACUUACUGCAUCACAUGGAAUCCCCAAAGGGUUAUUUUUACAAUUGAUGGAAUUCCAAUUAGAGAGUUCAAGAACUCCGCGUCAAUUGGAGUUCCGUUCCCAAAUGACCAACCAAUGAGGCUCUAUGCGAGUCUUUGGGAAGCAGAGCAUUGGGCCACAAGGGGAGGAUUAGAGAAAACAGACUGGUCAAAAGCUCCUUUUACCGCUUCCUACAGAAACUACAAUGUGGAAGGUUGUGUAUGGCUUAAUGGAAAAUCAUCUUGCCCUGUGAAUGCCCCAUGGUUCACUCAAGAACUCGAUUUCAAAGGCAAGAAUAGAGUGAAAUGGGCACAGAGUAAGUAUAUGGUCUACAACUAUUGCACCGAUAAGAAAAGGUUUCCUCGAGGUGCUCCUCAAGAGUGUACUUAAAAAUUAAUGUUUGUUUGAUUCAUGAAUAAGUUGGCAUUGUCUUCGUAAUUCCAAUGUUUUUCACUAGAUAAGCAGCCGCCCUCCGUGUGGGUUACUUCUU